UCCGAUAAUUCAGAAUACUAGCUGAUUUAAUUCUUAUAUUAAUUCUUCGUCAAUGAACUAUUGUUCUACUGACUAUGCAGAUUAAGACUCGAUAAAGGGCUUGCGAUAAAUUAGACAACUAUCGGCAUAAUGGAUUAAAAGGCGUUCGAUGUAUUUUGUGAUAAUCAAUACGUUUUUAGCGUAACACUUGAUAAUAUAUUAUAAUUGCGGUAUCUGAUCCGAGAUUAAAUCGCUAUAAUUUUUGAUUAAUUUCUGAUCCUGAAAAAACGUUUAGUUAGUAAUCGUGCAAUUGCGCACAUGAGUCAGAGAUAAUACCAACGAUUGAAAAUUAUCAACGAAGAUGUUGGAAUGAAAAAAUUGUCUCGUCGCGAAUUCCUACCAAUGACGUAGCGAUAUAUAUGGGAUAAGUUUCGAAUGAUAAGGCGAAGAAAAAAGUUGAUAGUCUAUUAAAGAAUCAUCUUAUCGGACGUUCCCAAAAAUGAACUCAAAGCUAUAGAACGCGAAGAUGAUGUACACGACCUCACUCACCUGUUUGCAGUCCAGAAGUAAGGGACCCCGGUCCUCAUUAAUUAACAGAAGAACAAUCGGUGUAAUUCAUUUCUUCUUCUACCAAUAUCUGUUCCACAACCGUAAAGUUUGUGUUUGCAAAAGUGUAGAAUUAAAUGAAUAUAAAUAUUAAAUCAUGCUAACAUCACCCAGCCUCUGGUCUAUAUUAUUUUCGCUUCUGAUCCACGCUCUAUUUUUGGCACCAACAAUUUACAUAAUCAUUGGCUGCGUGGAAUCGAACUAUAAUUCACUCUUCAUAUGGCAUCCGACAUGUUUCACAGUUGGGUGUUUCUUCCUGAUGACCGAGGGGGUCCUCGCAGUUUCCGGUGAAGCUUUAUUAGCCGCGAAGGUAACGAGGCCAACUCGCGUGAUAAUUCAUUGGGUCCUCCAUAUUCUGGGAUUAGCACUUCUGGUGGUUGGAUUCGUAACGGUCGUCAUUAACAAGGAGAAUAUUGGACGACCGCAUUUCACGACCGAUCAUGGAAUAUUGGGGUUGGUGGGAACGCUCGCCAGUGUCGUAAUCGGAUGUACAGCUAUUCUCACCCUUUUGUGGAAGACUCCCAGACUAAAUUCACUAAUCAGUCUUUCAAAAAUGAAAACCUUCCAUGUUGUCGGUGGUAUAAUAGCGAUGGUAUUACUAGUCGCUGGACAAGCGACCGGAGUACAAAAGUUGUGGGGUGUUAGGGAUGAUCGUACAAAACUUACACUUUCAGCUUACAUCAUCGGUACCAUUUUCUUAUUAGCAAAACCGAUUUUCACCACCCAAGUGAAACUCGGUGGUAUCGCGACGUGAAAAAAAAAAAAAUGUUCAACUCGAUUGGAUCGUGUAAACCUGUACAGAAGAACCGAAAGUAGUCAUUUUUUCAUCAUCUUCAAGUGUUUGCGAAAAUUGGUACUUACAAAAAGAGAGUAGAAACAAAGGGACCGGCUUAAGAUUCGUCAACCAUGUAUACCAACCCUUUAUUAAUUCCACAAAUCAUGUAGACGAUACAUAUGUAUACAUAAAAUUUAUCAUAUAUAUAAUCUAUAUGUACAUAUAUAUAUCUUUUUAUGACAUAAAUCAACAAUAUAAUCAUA